AUGAUCGAGGCGCUGGCCGACCGUCGGAUCGUGUCAAUGGCCUGCGGCAGCGCCAACACACUGUUCACCGAGGGCCAGGCCCGCUUCGUGCUCCUCCCCACUGCGCUCGCGCUCGGCCUCGCCGAGGAGAUCACAGAGGUGCGGGCGGGCGAGGGACACUGCCUGUUGCUGACGAGAGAGGGCAAGCUGCUCGCCUUCGGCCUGGGCAAGAACGGACGACUUGGACUGGGCGACGAGACCGACCGCCUCACCCCCACCGCCGUCACCUUUCCCAGCGAUGGCACCACAAGCGUGGAAAUAGACAUCGCGUGCGGUGCCAAGCAUGGACUGGCUCUGGUGGACGUGCCGGGCGAGGGUCCGCGCCUCUACGCCUUUGGGAGCGGCGACCAGGGCCAGCUCGCCAACGGUCAUCGGCAGGACCGCGCCAGCCCGACCGCCACCACGACCUCGCUGCCGGCCCUCCUGCACCAGCACAUCGCCCCGGCCGCCAUAUCCGCUGGCAAGGCCCACUCACUCCGACCGUCGUCAACACCGGUAGAAGCCGCUGCUUCAUCACCUACUACGCCGCUGGUCAAGGUGCGAGUCAGUCGCGCCCAUUCGUUCGCUCUAUUUUGGCGUCCUUCUUCUUCCUCUCUGUCGAUUUUCCACCCGUCGCCAUGA